UAAACGAGACAAAAGAAAAGCAUUUUCUGUAGGCGCAAAAGUACGUGGUCUCGAUUAUUUUCCACUAUUCGUCGUUUUCCGAUCGAUUUUACCCGAUAAAAUAGUUCCAAACCGGACGGUAGUUGUUGUGUUACAUUUUAUCGAACAAUCAUUCGCCAUCGUCGAUCGUUUUCCGUUUCGCUGGGUGAUUUCGUUUUACGAGCGGAAAAUUUCCGCAAGCUCGCAUACUAUUUGUUGUAAACAAAAGGCGCAUACGAAGCACGGAAAGUACACACACGGGCGUAGAAGAGAAACAAAACAACAACCGGGAAGCCUGUCAUAGCAGCGUUCUGCCCUCAAAUGCACGCUGACUAGAAAAGAGAAGAAAAAAACAGGAAACACGGCCGGUUUCACACAAUAAUGAAAGAGCUGUCCGACCUGCUGCGGGAAAUCAGACAGUGCACCGAGAACGAGGACAAGAUGGAGUUCUGUGAGGACUUUGCUAAGUUGCAAACAAUUUUCAAUCACACCAACCAAUUUGUGCGGACUUUCGACAAGAUCGUUUUCCACGGAGGAAAUGAACCAUAUAUAAUAGAAAUUGUUGCCCGAUUGGUGAAGUACCUGCGCAUCAGACGGUACCUGAACGAGGAUAAUAAACCGAUUCGCGAGUGUGACAAUCAAUUGCGUAAAAUUACAUUGUUUAUGAUUUUGAACACGGACGCCAGUUUCAAGUUUGAUCUGAUGAAGGAUACCAAGAUUUGUCAUCUGCUGAACACGGUCCCUCAGUUAACCAAGUGUCUGCUGGUGAACUGCAUUUGGGGCGCCAAUCUAGACAAAUAUUUCUACGAGAUGCUGUCCUACAGCCCGCAGUGGUUUAUGAUGCAGUUUAUUGAGCAGGCGUUGACCAGUAUGAAAUUUGCCAAACCCUUCGAAAUACUGGAACGGGUGGAAGCGAUGGUCAAAGCAAUUUACUAUAGCAUUUGUCGAACGGAUUGUGACUGGAAGCGGAUCGAUCGGAAUCGAUUUGUGGAGCAGCAACGGAUUUUGUCCAAGUUGUUUGACUUUCUGAUAGAGCUGUUGCGGUUUUUCAACACCCCGGAUAUGAGCAAAUUCGAUCGAUGGACACGAACCAGAAUGCACCGGUACUACGGGUUUGCCUUGAAGCACAUGUUAGCGAUAGUGCUGUACUGCUUUGACCUGUAUCUGAACCAGCGACUGUUCGAGGUGGAAGAAGACAUGAGCAUUUAUCAGAUCAUGGGCGAGAAACACGUCGCUCGGAAGGAAAUUCCUGAAUCGUACUCACUGGGCACGGAUUCUCACCUGGUUAAGAUUAACAACUGUUUGCUGAAUACACUGCAAACCUGCGUGAUGGAGGUCACGGUUGACAGUUUCAUGUGUUGGGUUGAGAUUGAAAUUUCGGUCGACGGAACUGAAACGUUGAGCUUGCAGCAAAUCAUUGGCGAAUCGGCUUACAAACUGUUGGAAACUCUGAAAGAAAACGAAGUGUUUCAGCAUAAUGUGUUGAAGCAACUGCCUGCGAUAUCGCUGCGGCCAAAAUCACAAGCCGAGAAAGCGAUGGAACUGACGAUGCGCGAUCUGAUGGACAGAGUUGAAAAUACGAAGGAUGUUUUCGAGAGAAGACUCUUUUUCAACGAAUUUAUUCGACGCGGUGACCAGGUGUUUGGCAACAACGAAUGUCUAAGCUUGAUUGAACAGAAUCUGGAUCUCAUUACCGGUGAUAACAUUCGGAAGAUGGUCGAGUACGAUAAUAGGCCGACGGACGAGGACGAAAUGGAAGAGGAUGGCCUCUCGGAGGAGACAAUCAAACUGAAAGAACUAAUUCUGAAAGCGGUAGAUAUUUUGCCAAUGGAAGAAGCGACCAUUCUGAUCAAGCGUAUGAUUGCCAUUUAUGGGCUGGAGUAUGAUCGCUACCAGACUCCGGAUUUGAUAGAGCAGAUCGUAGAAUAUACCAACAAAUUCAACUCCAUCAGUAUGCUGCUGAGUGAUGAGGAUUUUGGACUUCCAAUACGUCUGAUCUUCCAGUGUCCUUCGUUGUUCUACAGUCGCCUUACCCGCUCGCUGUAUGAAUCGAGCUUCAACAACGCCAAUUACAUUUAUGCCAUCACCAAAGUGAUCGCACACACAAAAGCGCUCUCGGUGCCGUACAUGAGUGCUCAGGUUCGUUCCCUGUUGUCGAAUGAGUUCGAGGUGACCAAGUCCAACUCGCUGGCCGUGCUGGUUUUGAAAUUGUACGAACAGGAUUUAUUCGAGCGCAACAAUUUUCUGCAGGGCUAUCUGCUUCAGGGGGUUGAGGAGGCUUUCCGAAAAUCAAACUUCAGUGCCCUGGCGGAGAUUCUCGGCAUUAUGCAGCUGGUGGUGGACAAAAAUCUCAACGGGUUCAAGUUGAACACACUGAAGCAGGUGGUACUAAAGUUGGCCGAGAUUUCCGAACAGUUGCGCUUCGAUGUGACCAAACUACAACCGGAACAUCCGCAGGGGGUGGGGCGAGUAAUGCUUCUGGAAAAGAUGCUAAAAAUCAUACUCGGUCCUGUGCGGGUGCUGCGUGCAAUGAAGGAAGAAUCCAAGCAAAGGUACAAAGCAGAGACGGUGCGCUUCGCCCCGAUUACCAAGUACUACUUCCAGCGGUCGUUUGUGGACGUGUCCGCCGGUAAAACCGUUCAGGACUUUGCAAAGUUCCUGUACCAGGGCGACAUCGACGAAAACACACCGAAAGUACACGUGCGAUUGUUCCUCUCGAAGACACUGGUCCAGUGUACAAACGCCGAGGCGGACAAGCUGGCACGGGAUCCGCUACUGUUACCACAUAUCAGUGAUGCUGUUCUGAUCAUCCUGGUGCUUCUGACGGAACAGGAACGCCACUACGAAUGUCUGAAGAACUGUCUAUUCAACUAUUUGCACAUAGUGCAGAAACAUCUUCUUCCACCACUCCUGAGUGCGGAAACGACAGCACCGGGCGAGUCCGGUCCAGCCGAACAACGGAUCGCACUCGUUCGAUCGUUGGUAAAACUGAUCGUGAAACUGCCAGAUACAUCCCGCGAUCGGUUACUGGUGGCGCUUUCAUUUGGACUAUCCGCAAUCGUUCGGCAGCUGCGAACCGUCGAUACCGGGCUGGAUCUCGGCGAGAUUGAGAAGGUAUUAAAAGUGGAACAGCAUCUCACGACGACAACGACGACGACGACGGUGAUGAAAAUCCGAACGGCGGAACAAAACGGAUCCAAGGAGGAUUGCGAGUUGACCGACGAUUGUGCCGUGGCAAUGGUGACGGAAUAAAAUUCUUGAAAGAAACCCCCGUUAGAGUAACGAACGGACACACGGUAAGAUAUUCGACUUCAUAUGUAUAUCUCGCAGAUACACAGCUACUGAACUUCAUUUGCCGCGGAAUGCCAGUUCCGCGCAAAGCCCAGUUUAAUAGAAGACAAGCUGAAUAAAUACGACACAAAUGCUACGUGAUUUUAGGUAAAGACUAGUGAAAUAGAACUAACGGACUUUUGCUUGCGAAAAGAAGUUAACCAUAAAAUCGGAACUCAUGCAUUCAUCUAUUUCUGGGAACUAUGUUUUAUAUGUUAUAGAUUUUUUUUCGAGUCUUACUAUUAAGCUAACCUGAAGAAUCGCAAAACAAACUAUCAGAGACAAAAACAUUCAACAAUUAAUCAAUAAACGAUUAGAACGUA